AUGGCGAACUCAUCUCAACUCUCCGACUCAACCACCUCCGCUUCGGUUUCGGCUGAGACCAAAACAUUACUUCUUAUUAUGGGGCCCUGUGGGGUAAGAGGUUGCGAGUGUACCUCCGGAGAAAGUGUAUCCAAUUCGGAUCACUGGUGCGAAACGAAGUGUACCAGAUGCUCACAUCCUCUCAGCGAACAUAACAGCUAUGUGAUCAAGCCUUAUGUCAGCCCACGACAUGAUCUAAUAAACGAAUUGAUCCGCCGUCUGGAACGCUACCACCUGAUCCGAGUCAACGGGACCCCUGCCUCCGGGAAAACGACAACAAUGAAGCUGUUGGCCAAUGAGUUACUCAAACGGUAUCCCGAUACUCCGUUGUAUGUUCUAUCAGGUUGGCCGGAGAGACAGGUUUCGGCUGCAGGGGGCUGGAUACGCUAUUUCAAGAAGCAACUCAACGUCCGUGGCGAUGAACUUGAAGCAUAUCCAUGUUUCAUUCUUUUUGACGAGGCGCAAGAGUCAUAUUGGGAUACGGACUUAUGGGCCCAACUCUUUAAGUCUAUUGAGAAGACAGUCUCCGUGCAUUUUGUUCUCUUCACAUGCUACGGCGCAGGGAUGACCCAUGGCGGCGGGGGUCAGACGCUCCCUACUCCGACGCCUAUCAAUUUCCAACUCCAUCAGCAGGUAUCGCUGAGACCGGAAGAAGGGAUUUAUCACCACCCGGGGCGGAAGCAAGUUGGCUUGCUGCUCAGUGAGAGCGAAGCGUACAAUGUUCUGGACCAAUAUGUGCCAAGCAACAUAUCGAAUGGUGCCGACAUUCUCACAGAAGGAUUGAAGUGUGGAUUAUAUCUGGCCAGUGGUGGCCACGCGGGGCUGCUUGUAUCCCUCGUGGAUGCCCUGGAGCAAGUACCGGAGCUUUAUGCCUUGAUCCAGAAAUGCCAACCGCUCGACUGGGUGACAGCAAGCCAUAGUCUGUUCAGCGAUGACCAACGACUGUUCCAAAUUAUUCAGUAUCUCCCAUUUGCUCGCGGCCUUCCUAGACAAGAAUACCUGCAACAUCACGCUUUCGCUAGUGUCUUCAAGAACGCCGUUGCUCACAACGGGACUCUCCAGUCGAGUUAUCUCAAGAACCCAGAUCAACAGAGGGCCCUUGAGGAUAUCUGGAAACAAGGAUGGCUUCAUGCGGAGACGGUCCAGAGAGAUACACUUUAUGUAUUUCCCAGCCAGAUCCAUCGAUGGUAUUGCCAGUGUCUUUUCUCUCAGGUAAACUCAGAGAAAGAAUUGAUCUAUUCGUCGCCUCUUGAGAUGGCUAUCGAUGCUAUUCGCAAGUUUGACCCAUGUCAGCUAUCAAGUCGUCUACGCACACUGGAGGGUGAUCCCAUCCCUAUUGAAGACCAGUACCAGAAGGAAUUCUACCGCUGCCUAUUCCCACUGCUGCUCGAAUACCAGAUCAAAAUGGCUCCAGAAUACCUUAUCAAAUCAGGGGUUAGGAGCGGGAGAAUCGAUUUUCUGAUAGAGCAGAAGCGGUGGGGGCUGGAAUUACCACGAAAUAGCAACCGUGUCAGACAGCAUAUGCAACGGUUCAAAAAAGAUGGUCAGUAUUUUACGAUGCUGAACCGCAAGCUGAUACAGGAUUAUGUUGUUCUGAAUUUCACUCGCAAGAUGCCGCAGAAAAGCUAUCCAGAAUAUCGCGGUCAUCUAUACCAUGUUGUCUUUUCUGAGGAUUUUAGAAUUGUUCGUAUCAUCGAUGCCUCGGAUCUGAGUGAAGUCACUACCCUGGUUCUAGUGGAGAACCCACAUUUUCUCCGCUAA